AUAAUCUGUAGCUUGAAACAUUUAUAAUUAACUUAACACAUGUUUUGAAGUCUAAAAAAUAAAAAUAUUAUCAAAACUUAUGGAAACCAGAGCUUUUAACAAGUUGUUAAGGCUUUACGCGGAUUAAAGCUCUCCUGUUAAGAAGACUACAAAAUACCAUUCUUGUUUAUUGUGUCGUUUAGGAAAACAAACCGGUGUGUAUGUUACAUGUACACAGAAUUUCGACACGCGAUCGAUAGGGUCCGAGACUGGAAAUUGGGGAAUUAUGACAGAGGGGGGUGUUCGGUGGUCUCGGCCACAAUGAUCUCGGAAAGAAGAUACGGGUAUACGGCAGACUAUGUUGCUAAGAUUACAAAGAAGUAUUGUGAAAGGAUCGAUUGCGGACCUGCCUGAACAAUCAAAACGUCAUUCUUCACACAACAACAAUAAUAUACUACAACAACUUCUCAAGUGGUCGACGAGUCGGGAUGCCCUCGCCCAUGCAGCUUUCUGGCUCGUGUGAAUGACAAAUCUGCCUCAUGGCGUCGGCCAUAAAACUAGAGGAAGGGCGGUACUCUCCUGCCAUAUUUUCGUCUCGGCGUUCAACAGUUUCGAUCGCCCCAGAGGGUAGCAUGACUGAUGUCUCCUUCCGAACACCCAGGGAGGAGGCAGGUGCUGAUAAAAAAUUCAAACACAGAAAGCAUAGGCGAUGGUACCGAUUGCGAAAACGUAUGUCAAAGAAAGGUGUGGUUCCUGUAAACAAAGAUCAUCCGAGAUUUGGCCUCCUCUCCUGCAUAAGGGAAGGGCUCAGAAAGUUCUGGGUAGAAAAUCCUGAGGUUGCCCCAAAGAAAUUGCUGAACCAGUCAGACUUUGACGAUGUUAUCACAACCUCCGUGACCUACGAUGGGCAGGAGUUUGAGUUUGAGAGUUUUGCCACCUCUGCCUUCGCAACGAUACGUCAGGCUGUCAGCAUAGCAGAGUCAGAGUACAUGACCUCUGUAGCUCCGGGGAACCUGCCCUACCUGGAGUUUAUGAGCAACUCCAAGAGCGGUCAAGAUUUCUUUCUCAGCAAUGACAUGCAGUACAUGUUCAAGUCUAACAGAAGAAGGGAUGUUAUCUUUUUCUUAUCUACCUUGAGCAAGUACAUGCAGCAUUUCAUCUCCUAUCCUCAUUCGUUGCUGGUCAAAUACAUCGGCUGUUACGCCAUCAAACUGAAGGGAAAGAAGAAGAGAUUCUUCCUCGUCAUGCAGAGUAUAUUCUACCCGUCAGAUCGGAUAGAGGAUCGUUUUGAUGUUAAGGGCUGCAUUGCUGGGCGAUACCAGAAGCCAAACCGUCCUGGUUCUCAUAUCAUCACUGUCCUCAAAGAUCAGAACUUUUUCAACGAAGAACUCGACCUUGGGAGUCAAAGUGAUUGGUUCAUUAAACAAAUCAAUGCUGAUGCAGCGUUUCUCCGCUCGCUCAACUGCAUGGACUAUAGCCUUCUCGUGGGUCGACAGAAGCGCCAUCUGUCGGAGAAACAGACGGAGUCCGUGUCCACCCUAGUCCAUCGAAUCGGAAAUUCAAUAUCCCCAACAAGAAAAGGGAUGGCUCGACAGCAUCAGCUGAACUUUAGUGCCAGUGAAGCUGCUAUUGAUCUGGACUCCUCUCUCGGUGCUGAAUCCGAAAUAAAUUCAGAGAGGUUGCCCAGAAUUCAGAGUGCCUGGGAUGAAAACGUCGCAGGCUGUUCAGGCGACAACCACCAGUCAACGAAUAACAACGGCAGCGCAAUCUUUGUCUCAUCCUCGAGUCUUGAGCGGAGACCCGAGACAUCGCCUACUGCGGAGCUUCCUGGGGUGGUCAGCGAGGACGUGGUUUCCUCCAGCGUCAUUAUUCCUCAAGUCAAGGCUGGGAUUAUGUUUCCUCGGAGUCUCCUUGACGGCGUGGAGAAGUUUGAGGAAGAGCGGCGGAGACUGUUGCCCAAGUGUUCCAAUGGACUUCACAUCAUAGAGGGACCCGAACACAGGUACUUCGUCGGCAUCGUAGACUUUCUCACUCGCUUUGACUGGAGACAGAAAUCUGCACAGUAUUGGAAAAUGAUCAAGUAUGGAUGCGGAGACCAUUCUACAAAAAAUCCGGAUGUAUAUUACCGAAGAUUUGUGGAUUUUCUCAGUAAAAGAGUGAGAUAGUUAUUAAUGGGGGGUUUUUGUCCAUGUUGAACAUUACAGUCCUUCUGAAUACUGAGUUUUUGUGCAAGAAUGUAAAAAUACCUGUUGUUGAUAUAAUCCGUCAAGGCGCCUAGAAAAAAAACAACAACUGUGAAGUCCCAGAAGACAGUUGAUGAUUCUUGUCAAACGUCGCUUGUUGUUGUUAUUGUUGCUGUUGUUGCUGUUGUUGCUGUUGUUCUUUUGCUUUAGUUGCUGUUACAUCUGUGCUCAGAACACAAAACUAGCUUAGUCUGUUUACAUCCUCACAUCACAGGAUUUCAAUCCUUGGAGGCUAUUUAGAACUUAAGUUUGUAUAGAAUUAAAUAUGAAAUUAACAAACUGCAUCAUUGGCAGCAUUAGUUACACAUGAGAACAAUAAUAAGGAAAAGAUGUUUUUUUUCUCUAUUAUAAUAAAAUUAAAAGAGAAAUUUUAUUUUACCACAUUUAUAUUUUUUGUUCAGUGGAAAUGGCUCGAGAACCAAACAUUUAUGGGCUCUCCGUUAGCGAAGUUGGUUACAUGCUGGUCUCUGAUGCAUAUGGCCCUCGUUCAAAUCACAAAGAGACUUUCUUAAACUUACAUGGGAGUUUUCAAGGCUGUCCACCAACUUGACUCUCAUCUUAUUGGAGAUAAACUUUUAGGUUGAUUCACUAUAUUACAAUAUGGAGAUAUACAUAGAUAUAUAUAACCCUAGUGUUGAUAGGGCCACAAAACCCGUACCAAACCAUAUCAAAGAAUUCAUGAGAAAAUAUAGAAGCUUUCCAAGAUUUCAAAAUUUUAACUUUUUUCAAAUAGAUGUUCGACAACUAACAAAUUAUCUGUAACUUGUUGAGCUUCUUCUCCCCAGCACCGAGUGUGAUUUUUCAGCUCCUCGUCAAGCCCAUAGCUUUUAUGCUCUGGCGCGUAGUAUGAUCCCAGUUUCUCCUUAAGAAGAGAUAUAUUUUUGUGCCCAGACUUAGAACUUUAUAAUGUAGACUGAAAAAUGUGCUUUAAAAGUUCAAAGCAAAAGUUUCUUUUUGUUUCGGUCUGUCUCCUUUUCUGGAGUGUCAAACAUUUAAUUAGUGAGAUAUGAUUUUUUCUGGGGUUUUUUGUUAUUUUGUUUGUUUUGGGUUGUUGUUUUUUGGUGUUAGGUGUUAGCUUAUUUUUGUUGUUUUCAGUAAUGGCAUUGUAGAAUAGUUUGUGGUUGAAUUAGUAUUAUGAAGUUAGCGCUGUUUCAACAUGUUGAAAAAUAAUACCUGCAAGUCAAAUCAUUGAAAGUUCGAGUGAACUCAGUUAACGAAGUAUUGAUUGUGCAUAAGCCAACAUCAGCAUUCUCUUCUGUGAAAAUUACAUUGCUCUCCACAAAUUUUGUUGAAUCAACUGUUACAAUUUUUCAGGCGGGAGUUUCCUUUUCCUACUGUUCGUAUAAUAUUAUGCAAAGGCUGCACUGUGUAAUCAGUUUGGUUCUACCCAGUACACAUCGCCAGUCGGAUUCAUUGCGCUGACUCUGGACCAGUCAGUUUUUUCCUUUAUAGAUGGACUGGAUUCAACUAAGUUCACCUUUGACUUUCAAUGUCAAACAUAUAUGUGAGGCAGCGUGGUGGAAUCAGGCUCUCGUCAAAAUAAUCAAAGUGAAAAACUU